AUGCAUAGCUACGAGAAUUUACCGUCUGAAUGGUUUUCGUCACGUAAACGGCCACGAUCAUACCACCAUUUACCACCAAUGUCUCGACCUGUAUCUAAAAGUUUUAAUCGUAUAUCUGACUUUAUCUUUCCUGAUACUGUCCAUAUUCGUCUUCAACAACAACAACAACAACUACGACAACGACAACAACUACUACAACAACAACAGCAACAACUACCUAUCUAUCAAAGAUAUCAACGUGCUGAAAAUUAUAGUUUACCUGUAUUAAAUCGUCAUAAUCUCAAUCAACAUGAUUUAAUUGUUGUAGAACGUUUACCUUUUGAAGAACUUGAUAAUGUUGACUUUCUCUAUCGUGAACAAUAUCAAAGAGAACAACAACAACAACGACCACAACAUUAUCAACCAACUCGACCAGUUCGACGUCGUUAUACAUCUAUACUCGAAGACCGUCGUGUACCUUCUCAUGAGAAAAUAACACCUGGGUUAGCAGCACGAUCAGCUGCAUAUCGAGAACGAAUACGUGAUCGACGAAAACGUCAUACAACCGAUAAUGCAUAUCACUCAAUGAUGAAAUCUAUGUUAGAAGAAGAAGAAUCUCAAUGCAUGGAUGGUGACGGUGAUGGUGGAGGUGGUCCUAAUUAUAUACUUUCUUAUACAACUACACUCGAUCCAAUUACCGAUUCAGAAUCAAUCAAUUCUAUGCAUCAAGAACAACAACAACAACAACAAUAUUCAAAUGAUAUUUCAUUAGAAGAAUGGAAAAGACAAACUCAUAAUCGAGUACCAAUCAAUGGAACAGUGCCUGUUAUGAUUGAACGUGAACGUCCAUUACACCGUUCACGUAGUUCAUCAUUAAGCAGUCGAGAUUCAUCAAGUGACACAGAUAUCACUGAAAGACAUCCAUUGAAAAUGAACUAUGAUCAUUAUGAACAAGAAACAUCAUUUAUCACACCAUCAAAAGAGCUUCCAGCUGUCUCUGUGCCUCGGACAGCCAUUUGGGAACGUCUUCAAUCUGAACCUGUUCGUCUUCGUCAUCAACCUGACAUAUUCAUUCCUAUUACCCCAGCAGCAGCAAUAGUACCAGACACAAACAAUCAAGAAACAAUGUCUUAUUCUAAUAAUCUGAUCACUUCGUCGCCAUUUGAUAAUGUUGAUGAUUAUCAUCAUCAGAUAAACAAUCGAACAUUAUCUCAACAAGAAGAUAAAUCAACCCAUCAUGUGUCUCUGUGCGUAAAUGAUUUACAUACAACAUUAUUUAUUGAGGAAGAUGCUCUCAAUAAUACAAAGUCAUCGAUAAAUAGUAACAAUAAUAGUGGCAAAGUGAUUAUAAAAACAUUUAUCGAUCGAAUCAUCAGACGAUUGCAGCACUUUAAACGAUCACUUGAUGCUGGAUUAAUUCAUGUCAGAAAAAGAAAUACAUUAGUAAAUGGUCCUAUUGUUACAGCUGAACAUCGUAUAAAAAGUGAAACCACAAGACGAAGGAUUGACUUGGAACAACCAAAUAAUUAUUUUCAGCAACAAACUACUUUACGAUCACCAUCUUUUGAUGUUAAUAAUGAAGAAAAUAAACUUGUUCGACCCUAUUUUUUAAUAAGACCACAAUCUGUACUUCUGUUACCUAAUGAAUUAGCUAAAUUCAAAUGUUGUUUUGGUGGUGAUCCACUUCCAACUAUUGUCUGGUCUCAUAAUGACUCACGUAUACCAGAAUUAUUUGCUGCUAGUGGCGCACUAUCAUCACAAUAUCGACUACAUAAACUUCAUGAUAUCUAUUAUUUGGAUAUUGGACCAGUUAGUAUUCGUGACAAUGGUCAGAUAAAAUGUACAAUAAUGAAUAGACACGGUCGAGAAGAAGCAAUUGCUCAAUUAAUUAUUGCUCCUUCAGCCGCUGAUGCGACACCUUCGAUCCCACAACCAUUGACUGAUAUAACUAUAAUUGAAAGUCGCCCUUUGAAAUUAUCAUGCGGUAUUAUAGGUCUACAAGUAACUGUAAAUUGGUUUCAUAACGGCAAAUUAAUAUCACCAAUGACACAAUCAAAAACGGAUUAUAAUGGUGAAAAUGCUAUUUUCUCUCUUUCUCGUUGUAUGAGAACUGAUGCUGGUACUGUUGAUUGUCUUGUUAAAAAUCGUUUUGGUGAAGCAAGAACAAGUUGUCGUAUUGAAGUGGUCAAUGACCCUGAAUUUGACCGGUGA